AUGGCACCAUUACAACUUCCACUUGCCGGCAAGACCGCUCUCGUGACUGGCGGUAUCAGAGGCAUUGGAAGAGGCAUUUCCCUAGAGCUUGCUCGACGAGGUGCCAACGUCGCUAUGGUCUAUGCCAACCCCAGCCGUAGCGAGACCGCCAAGCAAGCGGUUAAGGACAUACUCUCACUUGACUCUGGCGCAAAGGCUAUCAGCAUUCAGGCCGAUCUAAAGGUGUUUGGGAACUAUCAGAAGAUUAUCGACGAGACGCUGCGAGAACUUGGAGUCACUAAUAUUGAUAUUAUGAAAACAGUUCACAAUGCAGCAGUCGCCUCGCCAGUAUCCACGGAGGAUACUUCGGAACAGUUAUAUGAUGAUACAAUGGCUACCAAUAUUCGAGCUCCAUUCUUCCUCACGAAGACAAUGCUCCCCUAUAUUCCACGCGGAGGGCGCAUCAUUCUCAUUUCCUCUAUUGCGGCUCGGCGGUUCUCUUUCGGAAUGAGUCAAACCGCUUACGCAAUUAGCAAGGCAGCUAUUGAAGCGCUCGCGAGAAAUUGGGCUGUUGAAUUCGGUCAAUCGCGUGGCAUUACGGUUAACGCGCUGUCUGUGGGGUUUGUGGAAACGGAAUUGGUGCAAAGUCUCUCCCCUGAGAGCCUCGAGGCAUAUCGCAAAGAAAAUGCACGUGUAACCGCAGCAGCGCCAAGGAGCGGCACACCGGAUGACAUUGCCCAGAUCGCGGCGUUUAUCGCUAGCGAGGAGUCACGUUGGGUGACUGGGAGCACCGUUUCUGCUAAUGGCGGAAAAUGGCCCAUCUAG